GAUGUGUGGCUUAUAGUUGCAAGGUACGUUCCUAUGGUAGCUUCGGUGGUAAGUGCCUUGGUAUGGCUGACCGCGCGCCUCUUUCCAACGUCGCGUCUUCCAUCGCGUUGCGGCCUGCGCUCCUCCAAGCACUGAUAAGAUAAGGAAACUCAGUCGGCCCUUGGGCUGUUGCCUCAUGUGGGCUGCCACUAUUCCCAAGUCCAGAAUUUCCCCUCAACCUCCCUGACAUGUUCCAGCGUCAAUGGCUUCAUGAUUCACGACUCGACGCUCCAAAGCGAUCAUGGACGAAUUCAAUGACGACGACUUCGAUGAAUUGAACGAUACUACUCUUCAGGAGCUUGAAAACAAUGCUAUCCAAUUCACACAAGCGCAAAGAAAACAAGACUCCCAGUCUCAGACUCUACCGCCACCACUUGACCCUACCCAGGUCGAGAAUUACGAUGACCUCGAAUUCGAAGAUGACGACCUCGACGAUGCCGAGGUCACCAACGAGCUUCUGCCUCCCGUCACUCGCCCUGCCGUAGAUAAGACUAUCUCUCAACAACAACUCCAACACCAACUCCAACAGCCUCAUACAGCCAGGCACCCACCUCUUCCACCUCAACAGAGAUGGAAUCCUCCGCCAGUGCAUAAUCCUCCGGCCCUCUCCUCCCGGUCGCGAUACCCACCCCCCGUGCCAUCCUACAAUGCACCGGUGGCCUCGCAGCGAUUCCAGUCUGCACACCCUGCAGCUCCGUAUCGACCUCCUCCGAGCCAAUUUGCCCGACCAGCUCCUCCUUCGUCCACGCGCUUCAACCCUCCACAGUCCCAGUCGCAGUUGCACGCGGCACCUGGCAACGAUGUCGUUGCCGCACUGCAGCAACGACUCAGGGCCCUCGAGUCUGAGCUCAACUCUGCUCGCGGCGAGGCCUCGAUAAUACGAACAAAUUCUACCAAGGCUGAACAGGACCACGCAGCCGAGGUUUCCCGCCUCAAGAAGCAGAAUGCCGAACAAGCUGCUAAGCAAGAGAGGGCCGUGGAAGCUGCCAUUGCUGCUGAAAGGCAGGCCACCACGGAGCUGCAAUUUCUCCAAAGGGACAUGAAGGAUGCUUCAACUCGUCCUCGCCGCAGAGAAAACGUGCCAAUGCCCGCCGCGCCAGGGACCACCACGCCUAAGAAGACUGUCAAAACCUGGGUUGUCGCGGAUGGCUUCGAUGACAUGGACAUUGCUGCAAGUCCGACCAAGAAUAGAGGCAAAUCCCGAGACACUGGCCCCGUUGCCAUCCCAUUGUCGGAGAGGACGCCCACCAAAGGCAAACGGAAACGGCCGCCAGUUGACAGUCCCGUCAUGGCUUUGGAAACGGACGCUCAGGAUACAAU